CCGGUGAUUUCUUCCGAAAUACAAGCCAUGAUGUACCUCCAGAAAUAUGGCUACAUGAACGAGUCAAGUUCCAAUUCCGCAUCGCUUAUCAGUGAAGAAGCAGUUUCAAGUGCCAUGAAAGAAUUUCAAAGGUUUGCCGGUUUACCCGAAACAGGUAUAUUGGACAACACGACAUUGACCAUGAUGAACAUGCCACGAUGCGGUGUUCGAGAUAAAGUGGGCCACAGUGGCUCUGCGCGAAGGAAGAGAUAUGCCUUGCAGGGAAGCAAGUGGCGCGUGACGGAUCUCACUUACAGAAUCAGCAAGUAUCCACGACGGCUCAAGGACAGACAGAAGGUGGAUAAAGAAAUAGCCAAAGCUUUCAAGGUGUGGAGUGACGUCACAAACCUCAAGUUCAUCAACACCGACAAAGGUCGGGUCCACAUUGACGUCCGUUUCGAAGAAGGAGAACACGGUGACGGAGAGCGCUUCGACGGGCCGGGCAGGACCCUCGCCCACGCAUUCUUCCCCCAGUACGGUGGCGAUGCCCACUUCGAUGACGAAGAGAAGUGGACCAUCAACCAAUACUACGGUACCAAUUUGUUCCAAGUUGCAGCUCACGAGUUCGGUCAUUCCUUGGGUCUCUCGCAUUCAGACGUAAAAGCCUCUCUGAUGGCACCAUUCUACAGAGGAUAUGAACCUACCUUCAGUCUGGACGAAGACGAUAUUCUGGGAAUUCAAGCUUUGUACGGUCGAGCCAGGAGGGAUAGUGGUUCUACCACUCCGGGGUAUAAAACUCGAAAGACUCCAGAUCUCAGCGGUUCUCCAGAUCUAUGUCAGGACUCCAAGUUUGAUGCGGCAACAAAAACAGAAGACGGACGCACCUAUGUCUUCAAAGGUGACUAUUACUGGGAAAUUUUACAAACUGGCAUUGCUGAUGGAUAUCCUAGAAAGAUAUCGGAUGAUUGGUCAGGACUACCCGGCAAUUUGGAUGCCGGUUUGACUUGGACAAACGGGAAAACUUUUUUCUUCAAGAAAAACCAAUACUGGAGAUUCCGAAAUAAGAAAAUGGACUCUGGAUAUCCGAAGGACAUAUCCGUUGGUUUUGAAGGUAUUCCCGCCAAUAUCGAUGCGGCAUUCGUUUGGAGUGGAAACGGAAAAACUUACUUUUUCAAAGGAGGCAACUACUGGAGAUUUGACAGCAGGAGUGAACCACCAGUCAGCUCCCGCUACCCACAGCCAAUCAGCAAUUGGGAAGGUUUGCCGAACAACAUUCAUGCAGCUCUACAGUGGAUCAAUCAAAAAACAUACUUUUUCAAAGGAAAAUCUUACUACCGGUUCAAUGAUAGAACAUUUUCUGUUGACGAUGCUGACCCUGCAUAUCCCCGAUCUACUUCUGUGUGGUGGUUCGAUUGUCGAUCACAGUCUUCCAGCGACGAGGAUAUGAGCAAAGCCUCGCUGACAGAUGACGACCAGAAGCCCAUCUAUGUUGGUGAAGACGAUGACCAGACCUCGACGGUCCAUCCAACUGAAGGUCAGUACGUGGAUGAAGACAUCGUGGAUGGUUCCGAAAAGCUAGACGUCGAGAUGCAGGAGAACGAAGGCGAUGCCACUCCUGUGCCACUGGCACUGGAUGCAAGCGGUGCCAGCGAAUUAAAAUGCUUGAACCUUGUGAUCUUACUCGUUGCUGUCAUUCAUAUCAUGAAAGUGCAUUAUUUGUGA